AUGGAUUUUGCCUCCAAUUUAUUAUUGGAAUUAAAUAGUUAUUCCUUUAAAAUUAAGAAUGGAAGAUUUAGAUAUAGAUUUAGAAAUAGAACAAAAAUUAACAAUUUAACAAAAGAAAUACAAGACGAAAAGAACGAAGACACCAAAAAGAAAGUAGAAGAGGAAAAAAAAAUUUUAAUUAAAAUUAAAGCUUCAAUCAAAGAAAGAGAUGAUGAAAUUAAAUCAAAAGAUGAUCAAUAUUAUUUUAAAACCAAAGGUGUACCAAAUAUAAAGUUCAGUGGAUCAGAUAAAAAAAUUUCAAUCCAACACUUGGAAUGUAGUUUUGAAGAAAGAGAAUUUAAAGAAUUAGAUAACCCAUAUUGUGUUGAUCAAGGUAGAUCUUCUUUAUUAUGGAAAUUAAGUUCAAGUGGUAAAGAUGGUUUUUGUGAUAGAUUAUGGGAUUCUUGCCGUCAAUUUUCAAAAUCAGGUUAUAUACGCUCAGAUUUAUCAUUAAGACAUGUUGGAAAAUAUAAAUAUAAUGACGAAGACAAGUUUAUAUUUUUUGAUUUAGGUUCAGUUGAAAUCAUUAAAGAAGAUUCUGCAAAUAAAAUGUUCAAUAAUGUAAUUAAUAGUAUUAAAGAAGAAAAAGAAAUUGAAAAAGAAAAAGAAAGAAAAAGAAAAAAGAAUCAAUUUUUAAUAAAUCAGGUUAAGAAAGUAGAAGAAGAUAAGAAGAAGUAG